GAUUGGCUGAGUGGGUGGAUUUGAACGCGGGGCGGGCGGCAGCGCUUCUGGUCCCGAUCCCGGUUCUAAUCCCCGUUCUAAUUCCGGUCCCGCUGUCAUGGCCCCCGCGAGGAAGAAGCCCGGCGCGGUCUCACGCCGCAGGAAGCUGGAGGCAUUCCUGAAGGAUUUCGAUCGUGAGGUGGAGAGCCGGGUGGAGCGGCUGCAGGCGAACGGGGAGCGCCUGGUGAAGGAGAUAGAGGACAUGUACGACAUGCACAUCCUGCGGCUGCCGGUGGCGUUCCGCGAGAUGAACUGGCUGGAGUUCUUUGCUAAAGCAGGAUGCAAGAAGGUGUUGGAAGAGGCAGCAAUGGCAGACUUGGAAAUACCAGAAAUAAACAAGUUAACAGCGGAGGUUGUCCGUACUCCUUUGAAGGUCAUGAAGGAAGUGGAAAAAUUCAAACAUCCUAUUGAAGCUAUUAAAGAAGUAGCAGAGUCUCCUUUGCUUCCUCCAGCAAAGAAAGCAAAACAUGAGAGCCAAUGUCUUCCAGAGCCAGAAGCUAAAAUCCUUAAUCCAACAACUGGAAAGGUGAAGGCAUCCACUAAAAAAGUGCCAGCGUCCAGGAGCAGAAGAGCUCCUUCAGCAAGAGCGGAGCGCGUGAGUAAAAGAUCAAGCAAAAACAACUUUAUCACUCCAGCUACUGGUAGAAUUGUUGAUCUCUGUGCUCCAGGAGGUACCUCCAUGAUCACACCCAGAUUUGAUCCCAGCAUCUUCAAGACACCGGGGUUGCGCGCACCUGCAGCACACGAACGUGUUUACACCGUCUCUGCCAAUGGCAGCCCCCUUGCUGACAUCAACGAUAUCUUCAUCACAGUCCCUGUGGGAGGAGGGGAGAGCAUUCGUUUAGCAGCGAGUGAUGUGACCAAGAAUAAUCUUCUUCAUCUGAAUGCGGAGGCCCAAGGAUUUAUGCAGAAGCUAUCAGGUCGUCUUGCACAAGCCUGCAGCGCUGCAAAAACCCGCAGAUGAGACUCGGUGGAUGUUGACGUCCCUCUGUAAAUACAGAAUGUUACCUUUAGGACUGCAACCUUUAGUUCUUGUCCUGAUUGUGUCUUCCAUUAAUUUACAGAAUGGAGGUUUACUCAUUUUUUUUUUACCUAUAAUAUGUAAUGGGAUUAGAAUAGAUUUCAUUCUUGUGAUUCGGGGGCGGGGGGGGGAGAGAUACUCUAUUUCCUAUUUCCUUUGAGACUAAGAUACAGUUAUUAUGGGCUUGCAGACCAGCAAGCUGGGCAGAAAAGCUUUUCUGGUAUCUCACAGAAGACUUAAGCAGUGGACACAAGUGACUGGGCAAAGAAAGCAGUGGUUCAGAUUUGUUUCACUUCCUUCCAGGCCCAUCCUUUCUCUGCAGGUGUGCUUACAAGCUGAUGACUAUCUCAGCACAGUACCUGAGAUACCUAAAGGCAAAUUACUGGUGCCUGGGGCUAAAUGGAAAGCUUCUUGUAGUUCAUGAUGCUGCCAUGAAUCUCAAUCCUUUUAUUCUUAUAGCAGCCAUUGUAUUUUUAACUGGCUUUGAGGUUUGUAUAAAGAACUUAUGCAUUUUAUUGUUUUGAAAAAAAUAAAGGAUUGGAGUUACUUCUACUUAA